GGAUAAGCAAAGCGAUCGGCUGAGUGGCUGCGGCGCCGACUGGCUGAGGUGUAGCAGGUUGUGGAGACCCCGCGGAGAAGAACCCGCUGCGUGUUUCCCCCGCUGUGUAUUCCCCUGCUGAGUGUAUGCCGCUUGCUUCGUGAGUACUUCUCCUGGCUGAUGCUCAAGCUGGCGCAGCAUGUCAUAGGAGCGACCCCCACCCCGACGGAACCGCGAAGAAUGGAGGAGAUGCCAGGACCUCCACUCCUGGCUGACCCCCCUAAGCAAAAUGAAGAGGCGGCACAUUGGCUUGGCCCUUCUCCACUGCACGGCGUUUACCCUACUGCAUGCGCUAAUCAAGAGCUGUGGUGGCGUGACGAUGAAGGACCCCCUGCAUGGUAAAGCGUUUGGCUACAUCUCCUCCCUGGAGAAGCAGAACACGGCCAACAGCGUCCACCUCAAACAGAUUACGAUGAUAAAGAGGAAGAAAAAGAAAUUUAUCCUUUCGAAGAAAAAAAGAGAUGUCAACAUGUUAAUUAUGGUGAGUGCUCCACAGAAGGAGGGUGCGGACGGACUCAGGAUGAGUCCCCCCCUGUGCAUGCUCAGACAGGAUUUCCAAGACCCCUCAGAUGGGGGAAGCAGCCAAUCGGGUGGGAGUGGCGAAGACGGUGGAGGUUUCCCAGAUGAAGGAGACGAAGCGGACCACCUGGGCAAAGGCGAACCCAACAGGGAACUGCAACCCGCCUGCGAGGCCCUGUUCCCCAGCUCCCCUGGGCACGACGACGGGGAUGACGUGGAGGAUGAGCAAGAAGAGAGGAGGAGGAGGAGGAAGAAGAAGAGGAAAAAAAAAGCGGAGUCAAAGGGGGGGAGAAGCAGUCCAACCGAUGAGGGGAGCAGCCCCGGCAGAAAUGAAGACGUGGUGGACGCGGACACCCCGGGGUAUGAUGCGGACACUGCUGAGUAUGAUGCGGACACUGCUGAGUAUGAUGCGGACACUGCUGAGUAUGAUGCGGACACUGCUGAGUAUGAUGCGGACACCCCAGAGUAUGAUGCCCACCUGGCCAACAUUGCCAGCUCCUAUGCGAAGAAAGCAGAGGCGGUGAAGGAGGAGCAGCUGGCUGGCCUGGACAAAGAAAAAAUGCUGGAGGAGUACAACCGGUUGGUGGAGCUGCUAAAAGAGAGUGGGCGCAAAAAAAUGAGUGAGUAUGAAGGGAACGAGAAGAAAGACACGUACGAGUUAAACGAGAGAGUCAUUAACAGCUCGCGUCGGUUGAACCUGGCGAAGAUGAAGAGGGAGAUCGAGAGGUCCUUCACCCCCAACGACGCCGUGGAGAAGAAGAUCCGCGACUACAUGCACGUGUUUACGCAGUCGGUCGGGGCCGCGGAUGGUGGCACAAGAGAAAGCGGCGCUACGGGUGGUGGUACUAGGGAAAGCGGCGCUACGGGUGGUGGUACUAGGGAAAGCGGCGCUACGGGUGGUGGUACUAGGGAAAGCGGCGCUACGGGUGGUGGUACUAGAGAAAGUGGCACCCCUGAUGGUAGUACCUCUGAUGGUGGCACUAGAGAAAGCGGCGCUAUGGGUGGCGGCACGGGUGACCCCCCCCAGGAUGCACUGCUCCAGGAGGAGGAGGAAAAGGAGAACAGAGAAAUUUUGAAGCAGCUCUCCAGGGGGGACUACAGCGGAGUGGACCGAUUCAACUUUAAGUUCUCCGCGAAGGACCUAGACAUGAUGAAGAACCUGGAGAGUACGGAGGGCGAAUCGGGAGAGGAGAGAAAACUAAUAGACGCGGCAUUCGACCGGUUGAUGAGAGACAACCCCGUGGUGAAGGAGCUCAGGGGACAGGAGAAGGCCUUCCUGCAGCUCUACGAGCGGGGCAGGCGAGAUAACGUCAUCGAGCGGGACGAGCACGUCGAGAAUUUAAAGUACUACAAUAGGGUUAGCGGCGGGGAGAGCGGCGGGGAGAGCGGCGGGGAGAGCGGGCAGGAGGACAUCGAGGAAAUGAGCGAGGCGCAAGUGCGGGACGAGCUGCGCAAGAGGGGCUACCCCACCUUCGGCUCGGUUAAAGAAAUCAAAAUGAGACUGCAAGACGUCAUGCGGGUACGGAAGAACCACCACUAUGACAUUCGGAGCAUCCUGAAGGACCCCGAGAGGCACGUGCUCUCCCACAUACGGCUGGACAAACUGAAGGAGCAGCUAAAGCAGUUUAAGGAACAUGAGCGCUGCGGAGACACGGAGUCCAAAAUUAAGCAGCUGGACGCCGCCAUGGAGAUCACCAGCUUCGUCAACGACCCGGUGGACUACCUGCGCAUCGACACCACGGAGGGGUUCGCCGGGCUGGCGGAUGGGCAGCAGCAGAUGGAGGAAGCGGAGGAAGCGGAGCAGACGGAUGAAGACCUCGCCAAGGUGCCCAUCGUCAACGACUGCAACAUCAGCGAGCAGAUAUCCAUGGCGGAGAAGCUCCGGAAGAGCUUCACCCUGGAGGGAGACGAGAGGCAGCCCGACCGGGUGGUUCCCCUCGAAAGUGAAGACCACCCCGCAUCCGCAUCGGCCGAGGAGCAGACAGAACAGACGGAGGAGCUGCACCGACGGGAGGUCCUGCAAUUCGGGGGGCUGCAAGAAACGGUUGAGGAGUUCCACCGCAAGCACAGCCUACCCCUGGACUUCAUCGGGGACUUCAUUUGCAAAGUGUCCAGCCAAAGCACGCAGAACAUAAACAGGUACAGGAGAAGGAGGAAGGACGAGGUGGCGUCUUUGCAAAAGAACCAAUAUGAGCUUAUGCUCCGUGGCAAUUCAAUCAACAGGGAUUUUAUUGUUUAUAAGUUUGUCCAAACGAAUGAAUUGAUCCGGAGGUACCUCACGACGAAGGACAUAGUGACUCUGAUUGAGUAUAGCAACAUGGCUGACCCUGUAGAUGUGAUUCACUUUUACUCUCCGGAGACCAUUUUCAUGCUGAGCGAGGAGUACGGGAUCACUGUGGACCGGGUGAUCGACGCCUGCACGCGGCUGGACAUCCGCCUGCCCUUCGGCGGCGACACGCGCCUCAACGCGCCCUGCUUCAACGCGCUCACCGCCCUCCUGGCGAGGUUGGCGGCGGGGUCAGCGGCGGGAUCAGCGGCGGGGUGA